UUUCUGUUGUGAGUGUGUGUGUGUGUGUGUUGACCCUACCCCUGUGUGAAUCAGACGCACACCUGGGCUCGGCAUGUACACCAGAAGUAAGACUUGUACGUAGCAGACGAUAUCUUUCAUAGGAUUUAGACAAAGUGGGCGAAUACGAGAAUUGUUUCAAUUCGCGGAAAAGUGUAACAGACAUUAGUUCCCAAUGACUCGUGUUGUUUGAUUAAAUGAGAUGUAUUGAAUAUUAAACGGAACGUUAGUUUCUUUGAGCGUGACUUUCUUCCCACAUCACACACGCGCGCGCACACACACACACAGAGUGGUGAUUUACUUUACGAGACUUUGUAGUUAAAAAGUCAUUAAGUGGAAACAUUCUGUUCAGUUUUUUUUUUAAAGAUAGUUUCUUAUAACAUCGUGGGGGCUGCUUUUAUAAAGCCCGUUAACAAUUGCAGUACAAUAAUAAUGACGAUAAUAAUAAAUCUUUAUUAUCCUUUCACAACUUUGUCUUGCAAUGAUAGAUAACCCAUUCCAAUACAUAAGAUCUCAAUGUCAUUGUCUUGCAGUGAUAGAUAACCCAUUCCAAUACAUAAGAUCUCAAUGUCAUUGUCUUGCAGUGAUAGAUAACACAUUCCAAUACAUAAGAUCUCAAUAAGUCAUUGGCUAUUGCAGUACACUCGAAGUCUAAUAAACGAUUUUUUUGUUUGUUAGUUAUAGCGUGACAGAUGCUCCAUUUUUAGCAAGUAGCAUGAACAUGGUCAACCAAAAAGUUCCAACUUGCCUGGAUUAGAUUAUGCGCCUAUGGUCGUUAGGGUAGCCUGUAGUCUGGUGGUCAUCCAAGUAGUCCAUAGCUCGAGACGGACAAUGCAAUAAGAACGGUAACAAAUUAAAUGAUUAACAAAUGAGUUUGUUACAAACGUGCUCAAAACUUGAGCACGUUACUCUGAGCCUCGUUCGCGUAGAUUUUGUUUUAUGGCAUUCGUCAGUUCGGUGACGUUUUAAUUUGUCAAGCGGAGGUGGGAGGGUGAACUUGGAAGAAACCUCAAGGAAUUUUAUUAUGGGGGGUAAAUAUUGGGCAGCUCUUUACUUGUGACUGGCUUUUGGUCUCUGUAGGUUGUCUCUGACAUUGAUUUCUUCAUCGACUGCUUAUCAAUGAUUUCCAUUGCUACUGUUGUUUUUUUUUAAUGUGUGUGGUUUAUCUUCGCGCAGUUCGUGUAUUUGUUUCAGUGCGUGUGUGCGGUUGCUUCUUGUGGAUUAAAUCCGAAAGACUUUGAUUCCCAUAACAAGCUCAAGAGAACGUCCGAGGUCAGCUUUUGAUGUUACGAGUUACAACAAUUGAGAUUUCUCUCUUGGUGUUUACAAAUUGGGCAGGAAAUGGACGGAUAAUUAGCUUCUGUUGCGGGGGAAAGUGAUUUGCUGCUGUGAAGUUGCAGAUGUGUAGUGGAAUUUUUUUUUUCCACGAUUUUUUUCCCCCCUGUUCUGAACACAUCGUUGAAAUUGUGCACAGAGUUUUUCGAGUGACGGAAUUUUUAAGGCGUUUCAGUUUGGAUAUACUAUUUCCAGGAGUUGUUUUGUGCCCAUCAGACUUAUUGAGAUCUAAGUGUUUGAGGCCUUUAUGUGAUACAUAGAUCCAUGUAAUGACAAUACUAUGUUAGUUCUUUGGGAAUUGUUGUAGUUUCUGAAAUUCUGAUGUUUGCAACAUUAAUUUAAUUUUACAAUAUGUUUAUUGGAGUGAUAACAUUGGCGUACAAGGCUUCUAUUCUGGAUUAUUAACGCUUACAUUGAAUACUUUUGGAGAGGUGUUUAUUUUUGUGUUCGGAACUAUUCAAAUGUUCUACGGAUGCGCUACUUCCAUUGGAGUAUUAACUUGCAGGAACAACCAUUGACGGCCUUAUGGCGUAUCAGUACGGAGGGCCGCCUUACACGUCCAGGUCGAGAUAUCCACUGACCAGUGGGGCUUUUAACCCUAGGAGCCCUCCCAACGUGGUGCCGACGGCGUCUCUGGUGCAGAUGACGCCCGGCACUUCUUUGCGGUCCUUCGCCACCCAGGGCGGGCACGGAUUACCUCCGGCCUACCCUUACCAACCUAGCCCAAUGAGCCAGCUCACGUCACCCCUCGCCCACCCCGGUCACACGAGGGAGCAGGCGCCAACCAGCUCACCUGGCGGGGCGCAUUCAGACAGCCCUAGCAGCUGCAGCAUGGCGCAUCAUCAAGGCAACGGUCCGAUGAGAGGAGGCGGCGCUUCGGGGCCGUCGCCCUUCCACCAAGGAUACGGCUCCCCCAACGACGUGAGGACUUCGCCUGUACAUCUUCCUAUGUGCUCCCCCGUGCAGACGUCCCAGGGCAUGAGAAUGGGACCACACCACCUUUCGCCUACAGGACAGUGCCAGAGCACGUCACCCGUCGCUCCCAUGGGCAUCAUGUCACCGCCUCUACUCACCCCCAAUUCAAUCGGACCCCGACUGCCACAUGCACAUUACGAAUCUAGGUUCUCACCACUACCUCUUGGUCAGCCCUAUCAGGGUUCCGACCACGACAGGGCUCAUUUUCUGUAUACAAACAAUAUGUUUUCCCCACCAGUGGCCGGUGGUGCAGUCAAGAAUGGUCCAGUCGAGACUGGGAUGUAUCCCCACGGAUAUAAAACAUCGGGAAUGACAGACAGUGCUGGUUGGAACAGUUCCCAGUCCUCAGGCUUUGAAGGCAGAUUUGAGGACCAUCGAUCACAAUAUAACGGUAAUGGUCCUGAUCAUAUUGACCAUUUUUUAGGUCCAGGUCCAGGCCCUGCAGAUGACAAGGGUGACCUGUAUCCAAGACCUGGAUAUCCUGGUCGUGAUGGAUUAACACCACAGGGUUUAAUAGGUGGCACCCCCAUGUCUCCAGACGCUAUGGUAGGUGGUAAACCUACAUGUCCAGCAUAUUUUUCUUAUAGUAAACGUCCAAUCGAAGAUUCAACCAGAGGUGGAAGGUCGAGUGAGAAAUUUACAGAUUCGAAAAGACGGAAACCCAACUCAGUGUACUCCCCAGUGCCUGAUGAUUUCUCUCAGGACUCGCCCAGAUACAGUUCACCUAAGUCUGCAAUGUAUACAGAAUAUUUUAUGGACCAUCCUCCGGGUGACCAGUGGUCAGGGGGACCAGGUGGUCUUCCUUCAUCCUACCCUUCAUCCCUUCUUCCAGGUUCCUCUGGAACAUUUGCCCAACAGUCUUCCUACCCAUCCAACAUGCCCCAUCAUGGAGAUAUGUCAUAUCAUCAUCCAGUUUCUCCUGACCAGCAAGUUCUGUCUUCCUCGGGUCUGCCCCCAAUGUCAUCGUUCCGUGGUGGGCAGCCUGUUGGGGGGGCCAGUGUGCCUUCAACAGGAGCCGGCUACCCAGGGGCUCCUUCCCCUACCAUUAACGGGUCCGACAUGAUGUCCUCCAGGCCAGCAGUGUCCUCCUCCUCAGGCAUGGCAGUGGGCAAAGCCCUAGCAUCUCAGAUAUAUUCUGAUAAGACAAGCAGCAGUUACGGGGGCUCAAAUCACUCUACCCCUGUGUCAUCCCCGACACCAGCACCUCCGUCUCAACAGUGGAACAGAUCCAUCAAUCAACCCACUGCUCAUUAUGAUGCCAACCACUUGCAUUCACUGCCUAUGGUAGAUGACCGCCUGACUGAUGCUAUCCAUGCCCUUAGUGAUCAUUUGGAGAGUCGAAUGGAAGAGAGGCUGGAUUUAGAUGAUGCCAUCCAUGUUCUUAGGAAUCAUGCAGAGGGUCAACCGCUUAUACCUGGUCAUCUUCCUCCACAGCUGAUGCCCACUGGCCCCCAUCCGCCAGGUGUCAUGGGUCCAAUCAGUUUUGCAAGUAUGAUGGUCAAUCAUUUGGAUUCACCUCAUAUGGGAGGUCAUCAUCCACCCCCAUCAAGUCUUCCAUCUGUGUCUUCAGACCAACAGAAAUCUUAUGAUAUAGGUGACGACCCAGAUGCAUCUUCUGAUGGCCCGAUUAAAAUGGAAAAAUCUGACAAAGAUGGAGAGAAGGGAGAUAAAUCAGGGAUAGACAAAUCUAGCAAGUCUGGAUCUCAUAGUGGUGAGCCUCCAGCUAAACGUUCAAGGACGCAUGGUAAAGCCAGUAGCAACCAUGAAGAUGGGUAUGAAUCUAAUAGUGACCGGUCAUGUCCUAAAUCCUCCUCCUCCACAGCUAAUAAAAACUCCAAAGACAAGACAGAUGAUGAUGCCAAUCUAACCCCAGCUGACAAAGCUGAACGAGAACGACUGCGGCGCCAGGCUAACAAUAAUAGAGAAAGGGUUAGAGUGAGAGAUAUCAAUGAGGCUUUCAAGGAACUAGGUCAGAUGGUGACCCUCCACUGUAACUCCAGCCAGCCCUUAACAAAAUUGAUGGUCCUCCAGCAGGCAGUCAAUGUGAUCACAUCACUUGAGAGUCAAGUCAGGGAGAGAAACUUAAACCCCAAAGCAGCUUGUUUAAAGCGAAGAGAGGAGGAGAAAACAGAAGAGUUACCUGGACGUGCAUUGUCCUCUGAUGACCUAACUCCUGGUUUGGCCAACAAGUGUGCUCCUGAACCAGGCAAAAGCUGGCACAACUGGUAGCAGCCUGACCAUCCCUUUUUUGUCUUUUUGUGUACAGUUUUUGAGCUACGCUAUAUUGACAUAGAGACAAUGAUCUAUCCUACCACGGGUGGUCGCUCUGCCAUCUUGUCACAGAUGGUUGAUUUUUCUUGACAUUGGCCAGCUUCCUGGGGGGCUGGUUAACAGUGUACAUGUGUAGUGUUGUGUCUGGUGCAGGCACUUUGUACUGCUGAGUCUUCAAAAGUGUGUCUCACAAGAAAGAACAUUAGUUACCAGUCUUUCAAGACUGACAGUUUGAAAGGAAAAAGUUUCAGAUGAUUUCUCUUUUCUUUUUACUGGAUACCCUAAGUGUGUGGUUCUGAUUUGGAUAGAAGUUGAUAUAAGCACCAAAGGUGACUGAGAUAUUCUAUGUAGUCAUAUAUUUUGAAAUAUAAACAGCAUAUCCUAUUGUCCAUUUAACUACCGAAUGUCUGGAAAUAUUCUUUUUUUGUUUGUAUUUUUUUUAUCUGCUGCUAACUAUUGUAAUUGUAAAAAAAAAUUAUUUCAUGAUUUAAGUUUGGUUUCUGCUUGGAAGCCAUUAUCCCAAGAAAUGUUCCAGAUCAUACUGCUUGGCGAUAUACAAACCAUUCUUGUGUGAUAGUCACUUUGGGCUUCCUACUUUUUAAGUCAUCCAUUCUGUCACAUUGAACACACACACAAAUCGAUAUAAUUCAAAAAAGAAAGCAGCGUCUGCUGAAAGUUCACAGAGUAGAGUUGUAGAACUUGAUACACACACACACACACACAUAUUCAGUAUUCAAUAAAUCGUUCCAAUUUAUUUUUUUCGCAUGAGCAAAUUUCUGAUUGUUUGCCCAGACUAAGGGAUUGCAUAGAGAAGUUGACCCUUGUUCAGUCAUGACUACAUGCAGCAUAAUUUGAUUCUUAACAGUAAUAAUGUAAUUAUAUUGUUUGUUGGAGUUGAGGCUUUGUUUAUAUAUAUAUAUAUAUAUAAACUGUUGUUUGUUUGUUGUUUUUUUUUGUUUGUUGUUUGUAUUGUUGUUACAAAAUGACAGUACAAGCAUUCACUUUAAUGUGUACUUGGAUCUGCUAUUGGCUUCAGCUGUGAGUAUGAUCUUCCCUGAAAUGAUCUUGAUCUUGUUCAUCUGCUAUUCCUUUUGAAAUAUACAAACAUACAUAUAUAAAUAUAUAUAUACAUAUAUCAUUAUUUUAUAAACUUUUGUUCAUUUGGAUGUCUUCAUGUGUUCAGUGUUUGAAUCAAAACUUGAUGUGUGAGAGGAAUGAUAUAUGGAUUUAGUUAAUAGUUUAAAGCUGACCACCUCAUUGUGUUAUUUUUUUUUUAUUUUUUUUUUUUGUUAAGGUUUAACUUGGGUUAAGGGUUUGUUAGUAUUUUCUAGAAUGAUUGCUUGUGUCAGUGUUUAUUACCAGUGGGAUACAACCCCCCCCUCCCUUUUUUUUUUUUAAUGGUUCGUAGUUUCUGUGCAUAGACCACAGUUUAUGGAGUUAAUACAAUAAUUAGAAUUUAUGACUAAAAACUUAAUCUGUAUUUAAUCCAGCCCUGUUUAUAAUUUGAUUUAAAGUUCGGCCAGAUGGUAGUCAGAAAUACAAGAACAUUUACAGCAGUCUCAUAAAUACUUGUUUCAAUCAAAUAAAAAGUGGCUUUUAAAAUAGUUUGGUACUGACUAAGGUGGAUCUCUUUUUUAACAAUCUUGGCCUUAAGUUCAAUUCUAGCUGUUUGAACUCUAUCUAGCCCAGUUAGAUAGGCAAAGGCUUCAUGGCUUAUACUUUUAGCCAGCUGAUUUGGUCAGGCUUGAUAUAGAGAACAUCUUUCCUUUGCUUCCUGUUUGAUGCUGAAAUAUGCAGUGGCUUAUAAGGGUAGUGGCCUCCAUUGGUCCAACUUCAAGCUUAGCGCCCCAAUCAGUUUUAAUUAGUUCCAAUAACAAAGAACCAGACUACUUAAAAGUUAUUAACAUAGUUAAGUGUUGUUUAUAUAUAUGUAUUAGGUAAUUUUUAUCAAUUAUCUUUUAUUCAUUGGCUGGUAUUUUUAAUAACAUACUUCAAUAUUUUUAAGCAAACGAUUUUUAUGGUGUAGCGUUUUACAGUUUUCAGCUAACCAAAAAUAUCUUGACUUAGUCCUCUCCGAGCCAUUGUUCUGUAUUGUUCUUGAAACUUAUCCCUUCUGAGAGUGGCAAGUAUUGUCUGUAUGUAAAUAAAAUUUCACUUUUGGUUCAAUCGAUGAAAGAUCACAGGCCAAAUGUCAUUAUUUUUGCUGUGUUCAUUAUUUUUUAUUAUUUUUAAACCCAAAAUGAACUCAGAACUGAAAAAUUUGUUGUUUUUAUUUUUUAACUUUUAACUGCUAUACAAUUGAAGAGAUCUGACUGUGGUGUUGCCAUUUAUUCUUUAAAAAAAGAAAAAAAAAUUAUUUCGACUUUUGAAAUAAUUUUGUGCAUGUAUAUGACCAGUCUACAUAUUUUGUUUGCAUAUGUUAAUGUGGGAGACCUAAACCUGGCACAUUUUUUUUAAAGGGUUGCACUGGGCAUCUCCUCUUACAUAGAGUUGAUGGAAGAAAUCGGAAUUAUGUUUCGGGUUGACUUGUAAAAUACAUAGGGAACUGCUGAAGUUUCUGCAAGAUUCUGUUGUAGAGAUAGAGUCAGUCUAUGGCUGGAGAAUUUUCUGCAAAAUGUGAACCCCUCGAUAUCAACAUUUGACCUUGCUUAGUGAGAAAAAGUUGUUCACAAUGUUCUGAAGUAUAUAUAUAUAUAUAUAUAUAUAUAUAUUGACAACCUAACUUACGUGCAGAAUUGAAAAUUUUAAAAAUGGUUUUCAGGCAUUAUGCAAAUUAUGUAAUACAUUUUGACUGCAGACCCCCAUUGAAUUUUGUAACAACUUAACUCCAGAUUUAGUUCUAAAUGAUUCUUUCUGUGUUUGAAGCAAGUGUGGAUUAGCUUGGCCUGUGUGAAAGUAGACUUUAAACAUUGAGUUACUUAAGAAACUAGUUUUGUGUUCACUAGUAGUUUUCUUCCAUUCAUGUAGAGUUUAUGGACUGGUGUAGUCUCCCUUGAGGUCUGCCUGUGCAGUACUGUGUGAUUACUUUAACACAUACAUGCAAUGACACAUUUUUUUUUAAAACCUGGAUCUUUUAUUGUGUUUAUCAAUGUUUUUUUUUUCUCCUGUUGUGUUUUUUUUUUUUUUUUUUGACAUAAUAUAAUAGUGCCUAUGAAAAUAAAAAUUUUUGCAUAGUUCUCACUACUUUGUUCUGCAUCUGCAGACUUCAUGAAGCAGGGGACAUCACUUUUUUAUUAUGUACUUAGACAGUAAAUGGAAAAAAUGUGGAACAUGUGCCACUUGUUGUGAAUUAAUUGUUAGCAUCAUUAAAUGUUAAACUCCUAUGAUUACUUAUUGACAUGUACAUCGAUCACGAUUUCACAUUAUUUCCUUACAUUGUAUCGUUUUGAAAUUCCUGUUUUCACUGUACUGCAGUACAAAGUAGUGAGAAAUAUGCAGUCUUGUACAUAAUGAUAAAAAUAUUUUUUUCCCAAAAUAUCAAUUUUUUUAAACUUUUGAUUUCAAUGAGAAAAAAUUAAACAAAUUUAAACAAUUGGACAUACAAUUUUAUCAUUGGAGAAAAUUUCUUUUGUUUGCCCACUGUUGUCCAACAAAUGAUGAAUGAUUAUUGAAUGGGGGUAGAUGUAGUCAUAAAAACAGUAAAAGUAAUAAUUAAAUGAACCAUGAAAUGAACUAUUGUGUUACUCUUUUGUCAACAAUUACUAUUAUAAGGAAUAGUCUCUUUCAUAAGAAAAACCAACUUAUUUUUGGCAAUAUAUUUUUUUUUUAAGUUUCGGUUGUGACACUUUACAUGUAUAUAUAUAUUUUUUUUCUUUUAAACUUUGUUUAAUAGGGUCAGAGUGAAAUUUUAUUUAUAGUGGCUAUUGCGAGUCAACCUGCUGAUGAUAAUUUAGGUGUUAAGCUGUUGUAGGGAUCUGUGUAAUAAUUUAUUUGAGAUUUUUAACCAAUUGAAAUCAUAUGUACCAGUUCUGCCGAAGGACCCAUUCUUGUUUUAUUUGUUUUGAUCCACUAUAAUUUGAUUGGAUUGUACUGAAGUCUUCCUAUAUAAUCCAGGAAGGUAUUAAGUGCCAUUGAUAGAUACAUGGAUUAUAAAAUCUUUUGUUUUCUUUUUUUAAUCUCCUGCUAAAUUUGUAUUUUAAUAUUUUAGAAUAAUUUGUUUCAUGUAAAAAAGAGUUUCAUCUUUUUUUUUUUAAUUCUUAUUAGUAUUGAGCUGUUCAAGCUUAGAGAAUCUGUGUAUAAAAUUGGUUGAAGAAAAGAACAAAUUGUCCUACUGUUUUGCCCCAAUGCUGAGAGAAGCUGCUGUGGGUGUUACUUUCUGUAUGUAAUAAGGAAAUAUCUUGUCCAUAACUAUGUUCAUAGGAUGAAUACAAAUAAAAUAUGAGAACAGAA